AUGAUCAACUCCAAAAAUCUCAAAAACCUACUGUCAAACACGCUGGCCCCAGUGGAACUGGAAUCCGUGCCCUUCUCCACGGACUCCCUGCAGUCCGCAGCACUGAUAUCGGUCGCAAACGGCGCUAUAAUAUCGUACGCCAACACUGCCCAACCAGGAGACUCCGUAUCGUCUUUGAACAACUUGAAGAUGAUGUGCCUUCUGUGCAAGGACAAGUGGUCAGAGGACGAGGCCGACUUGCAAAGCCAGUCUACAAAAUGCUGCUACCGGUACCAGUGGCAGUUAGACCAGGGGAAACCGUACGAAACAAGGAUAUACACGUACGAGAUCGAGGAACUGCGCGUCUGCUUGGCACACCUCCCUGAAAGCGACCUCAUCUUGGUGCUCUUCGCCACGCAGGAGUACCCUUACGGCUUGCUCGUUUUAAAGCUGAAAAAUUGUUUGAAAAGUUUUCAAAAUAUUUACGGCUACAAGUUAGGUUGA